UGUCCUUCGGUGGUGUCGUACCUUUCGUGCUGCUGCUUUCUUCGACCACGGACUUGCACAACACAACGUUGGUAGCCCCACCUGUCGCGUCCAUCACUACCGCCGCACAUGGAGCCUAUUAUCUAAUCGGCCGGAAAAAGUAGAGACGGCCCACCAUGCAGAACCUCUUAAGAAAGCAGAGAUCCAGUGCAGAACUUCCCGUGGGCACCAAAGUCGAGUUGCGUGAGAUGCAAGGACCCCUCAUAGCAGACAACGGCACUAGUGUCAACUAUGGAAGCACAAACAUCGCUUUCGAAAUGGACGCUAGUCCCGGAGCCGCCCAGUCUACACUCCAGUUGGACAUGGCCAGCACAGACGACAAGUCCAGCUUCAAGCCCACGGGCGGUGACGACCAAAGAGAAUCUUGGGAUUCCGAGUUACAAUUCAUCUUGGCUACCAUUGGUUACGCCGUUGGGCUGGGGAAUGUCUGGAGGUUUCCCUACCUUGCCCAGAAGAAUGGCGGAGGGGCUUUCCUGAUUCCGUACUUCAUCAUGCUCGCCAUCGAAGGAAUGCCAGUGUUUUACAUGGAGCUAGCAAUAGGGCAGAGGCUUCGAAAGGGGGCCAUCGGAGUCUGGAACCUCGUCUCUCCGUACACGGGAGGCAUUGGCAUUGCGUCCGCCGUUGUGUCAUUCAACGUAGCCCUCUACUACAAUACCAUCAUUGCUUGGUGUCUGUAUUACUUCCUGCAGAGCUUCCAGUCCCCCCUUCCUUGGGCCGCCUGUCCCACGGAAGCCCUUUCUAACGGCACGAUCAUCAUCAACCAAGAAUGUCAAAAAAGCAGUCCAACGCAGUAUUUUUGGUACCGUGCCACGUUGGAUGUUUCCCCGGAUAUAGAGUCCCCAGAAGCGUUUAACUGGAGAAUAGCCCUGUGUCUCCUGGGAGCAUGGAUUUUGUGCUACCUUUGUAUGAUCAAGGGCAUCGCUUCUUCUGGAAAGGUGGUGUAUGUGACAGCUACAUUCCCCUACGUAGUGCUUAUCAUCUUCUUUUUUCGUGGAAUUACCUUGGAGGGCAUGCAAGAUGGUUUAAAGCACCUAUUUACACCAGAUUGGAGUAAACUGGAGGACCCGAUGGUGUGGCUGGAGGCUGGAACACAGAUCUUCUUUUCUUUGGGGUUGGCUUUUGGGGGCCUCAUCGCGUUCUCAUCUUACAACCCCGUACACAACAACUGCUAUCGAGAUGCCAUCUUGGUGUCUCUGUGCAACUGUGGCACGUCCAUGUUCGCAGGCAUUGUAGUGUUCUCCAUUCUCGGUUUUAAAGCGCACAUGACAAACAAGAAGUGUCUGCUCGAGAGAGAGAUAAUGUUUCCCAACUCUACAUUCCUCAUCGAAAGUGCUAUGGGCAACCUAUCCAGGCUUCCUGAGGGUUUCCCAGCUUGUGAUCUGCAUGAGGAACUUGCUCAGAGUGCUUCAGGGCCUGGUCUGGCAUUUAUAGCGUUCACGGAAGCCAUCAACCAAUUUCCCGGCGCACCUUUCUGGUCCGUCCUCUUCUUCAUGAUGCUUUUCACCCUUGGCAUCGAUUCGCAGUUUGGUACUUUGGAAGGUGUCAUCACUUCUAUAGUUGACCUUAAAAUUCUGCCCAAUCUCAGGAAAGAACUGCUCACAGGUGCCAUCUGCAUCAUCAGCUUCCUGUUGUCCCUGAUAUUCGCCCACGGUGCCGGAAAUUAUGUGUUCACCCUGUUCGACAACUACGCAGGAAAUUUUCCGCUGCUCAUCAUUGCCCUGUUCGAAGCUAUCUCAGUCUCCUACGUGUACGGCGUGAAAAGAUUUAACAACGACAUUGAACUGAUGACAGGGACACGCCCCGGUAUAUAUUUUAACAUCUGCUGGAGGUACUUGGCACCCAUUACUAUGACUACAAUUUUAGUGACCAGUUUCAUCCAAAUGGCAACUGGAGGGAGUCAUUACGAAGUUUGGGAUCGAGAACAGGCAAUACCUGUUCAACGCAACUGGCCUUAUUGGGCGAAUUUUGCCAUCGCUUUUCUGAUUCUCGUUAGUGCCAUAUGGAUCCCCUUAGUGGCUCUGUUACGCCUGUGUGGCAUCAACUUGCUGAACGAGGAGGAGCCUUCCUGGUUUCCCGCCGAUGAACUGCGUGAUUUCCAUGGCAUCACAGAACACAAGGUGACCUUCGUCGAACGCUAUCUAUUGUGCAUCCGUGAUGAAGAGGAGCCCGUCGAAGACGUUUGAGGGACACACGUGUGGGAAACAGUGCCAAACGUACAAGCGGCCUUUUUGCUUUCCACCAACUGUGACCUAGCUGUGCCUCCUUAGUUGGUGCUGUUACCCCAAUCCCCACCGAGUACAACUCUGCGUCUUUCAAUGGUCACGUUCGCCAAGGAAGAUGGCGCUGGUGGUCACAUAUUGAUACGAAAUAGGUAGUAUAGUAUUUAGCAGUAGCGCGUCUCGGGAAUAGAUAUCCCGUGCAGCGUAAUAAUUGAAACCCCGCCACAAAUUUGACGGGAAAGCAAAUCCGUUGCCGAAAGAAAAUUUCGCCCGUGCGAGCGAACAAUUUUUCUUCGUGAUUAUACAAACGUCCUGAGAGCUGUCGCUCCGAGAGUUGAAGAGACACAAUUUUCCCUCUGGCAUCGUCACCUAAACUUGAUGGCCAGUACAAUAUUUGGAUCUCUCCAGUGGACUUUUUCCCAACUAUUUUUGUAGCCGACGACUACGUGAGAUUUUUAAACCUCUCGUAAGAAAGGACAUUUGCGCGUCUUCUAGCUUUAAGAAAAAUAAAAAAGCAUCCAGUGUUAUCCGAACCGAAUACUGUAACAACGCAUAAUUUUGCACUCUGAUUAGCAAACCCAUUUGAGUCUACGUAAUCCACAAACAAAGGGUGAGAAAGUGCGUGCCUCCCUCGUUUCCAGAGCGUCCGUGUCACCUCAUCUCUAUUAAAGGGACUAUGAAACGAUUUUUUUCUCGUUUUUGUUUGACAAGAGAUGAUUUCUCACAAUAGAGUUUAAACGAAGUGCCGAAGUUUAUGCGAAGCUGAUACACUCGGCGGCGCGCCACGGUGCGCGGCGGCGGCGGCGAAGAAACCCCACGCUCUGCCUCAUUACGUCCCCUACGACGUCACCACUCACCGCAUGCUACCAACCCAAUGCCACCUAGAUAACAGAAGGCCUGGGCGCUCUUUCAUUUCAUCGUCACGCACCUGGCUCCACUGUCGCUGUUGGCGAUAGAUAGAUAUGUGACGUCAACGAAAGA